UGGUGCAUGCAAGAAAGAACUAAUGCAAUACUACAAGGCUAACUAAGCUCAUAAGUAAGAAAUAAACAGUUGUUGCUGGUUCUUUCUUUUGAUCAAUUACAAUGGCUUCUGUUAAGCUUGCCCCUUUCGCUGUCUUCUUACUUGCUGCAUUCUUAAUGUUCCCAAUGAAGAAAGUAGAAGGAGUCGACUGUACGGGGGUGUACUGCGACCAAUUUACAGAUUGUGCAGAAGAGUGUUUUUGCGAAGUCAUUUACUUUAUAGGUAGUGAAGGCAUUUGUUACCCAUAUAACACUAUGAAAAAGAAGGUUGAAGAAAAUCCUAACUUAUGCCAAACUCAUACUGAAUGCAAAAAGAAGGGUAGUGGAAAUUUUUGUGCUCGCCAUAUUAAUUCAGAUGUCAAAUAUGGCUUCUGUUUUGCCUCUUUCUCUGAAGCCCAAGACGCAUACAAGAUGGCCAUUACCUCUAAUAUCAAGAAAGACUUCUUGAAGAUACCUGGCACCACCGCUUAUUAGUUAAUAUUGAUAUCUCAAAAAAAGCCUAUGAUGCAUGCUAAGAUAUUAAACAUCUACUACUUUAAAUAAAUGGGCUUUGUUUCCAACUAAUCAAAUGGAUUUCUUAGAUAUCCAUCCAAAUUUCAAUUAAUGAUGUAUUUGCAAGUUAUGUUAUGAAUCACUCCUUUUCUAAUUCGAUCUUCACAUUUAUA